CAACACCUGAAGUGGGUGGCUGGUUGGAGAGAGCGCAGCUUCUUCUCGAGAAGGAAGUGCGGAAGAUUCUUGAUCAAUGGACGCAUGAAAUGGAGAAAGGCUUCCAUGGAGUUGGAGGGGACUCUCGCUCUCAAUCUCAAAGGAACUCCGCAUCAUAUUAUCAGCUAUCAAAGCAUGUCGAGGAGAAGCGAGCCACUGUGGAAGAAGAGCUUCGCAAGGCCAGCAGUUUCACAGUUUUCACGUACGAGCCUGCUAAUUUGAUCCUUAUGAGAUCUCUCGAGGCACUCCGUCGCAAGACAAGUGAGCUGCAUGAUGUCUUUGAGACAGUGAAACAGCAAGUUAAGCUGGAGGAAGGCAAGCACUUGGUACGAAUAUAUGAAGUGGGCGGCUGGUUGGAGUGAGUGGAGCUUCUUCUCGAGAAAGAAGUGCGAGAGAUUCUCGAGCAAGGGGCACAGG